GUGAUAUGUUUUCGUAUCACAGAUACUUCAUUUCAGGCUACAACUGCAGAUGUUAAACCCAAUACUGAACCAGAUGGUAGAAACUGUAAAGCAGCGACGUGUUUCAUUGUCAUGGGCUGACUGCACCGGCCACAGAGGACAUGUUUUAAACUAGAAGAGGGAGCGCACCAUCACACAGCCAUGGGCAUUUGUUCAUCUGCUUGCAAGCUUUUGCGCAGGGUGAAGUACGUUUUCCUGAUCCUUCUGUCCCUGUCCGUGCUGGCAUGGAUUUCCAUAUUCUCAGGUGGCAGCGUGAAAUCAACACUGGUCCCGUCAGCGCCAACACAGCCUUUCAUUAAAGGAGAGGGCACUCAAGUUGUGACAAACUUGGGGACUUCAGCACCCUUUCACUUAAUUACCUCAACGCCAUUACAAGAAUGUCCUAAGGAGUCGCCACUGCUACAAGGUGCAGUGAAGCUGAACUUUCAGCCCUCCCUGAAACUGAAGGAGGUGGAGGAUGAGAACAAGCAGGUGACUGAAGGCCAGUAUCAGCCUUCCUCCUGCAGGGCCAGACAGAGUGUGGCCAUCCUCAUUCCCCAUCGCAACCGAGAGCGACACCUCCUCUACCUACUGCAUCACCUGCACCCCUUCCUACAGAGGCAACAACUCCACUAUGCCGUUUAUGUUGUACAGCAGGCCGGUGAUGCCACUUUCAACCGUGCCAAAUUACUGAAUGUGGGUUUCUUAGAGGCACUCAAAGACUACAGUUGGGACUGUUUCAUUUUCCAUGAUGUGGACCUGGUUCCUGAAAAUGAUCACAAUCUCUACAUUUGUGAUUCGCAACCCAAACACCUGGUGGUUGGCCGGAAUGCCACCGGAUACAAGCUGCAUUACAAAGGCUACUUCGGAGGAGUCACGGCGAUGAGCAGAGAGCAGUUCCGUAAAGUGAACGGAUUUUCAAACACCUACUGGGGUUGGGGUGGAGAAGACGAUGACCUUCGCAUCAGGGUGGAGUUGCAGAAAAUGAAGAUUGUGCGACCACCUGCUGCCGUAGCACGCUACACAAUGGUGUUUCACAAACGGGACAGCGGCAAUGAAGUCAACAAGGACAGGAUGAAACUGUUAAGACGAACCACACUAGUUUGGAAAAAGGACGGGUUGAACAGCUGCAAAUAUCAGACCAUGUCAGUGGAGAGAUUGCCGCUCUAUGUCAAUGUCACCGUAGAUAUUGGGAAGCCGUAGAGCUGACACUUCAAAUAAGCUCUGCUCUCUUUAAAGACAGGUGAAAAAAGUAUUACCUGACAUUGUGAGUUAGACAUCAUACAGUAUAACGCAGGCGAGUGCAGUUCACUUACGAAGACGCAGAAGUGAAAGCUCAAAUGUGUUCAAAUGUGCAAUAAAUUCACUUCGCAAUCUUAAAAGUAGUUUCUGUUUGGCAAUCCAACUGAUCAAAAAGAUGUAAGCCUCUAACAUUCUUGUUCAGCUCCGCAUAUGUCAAACAACACAUGUCCAAGGCCCCUCGUUGUGCAGUUCAAUUAUUGUCCAAAUGUUGUUUAUGCAUUCCUUUUAUUCAUUUCAAUUGUUAAGGUAUGUCGAGUUUGUGUCCAUGCUGUAUUCAGGACUGUGUAAGUUUUCAAGUACUGAAUGUGAAUCAUCAAAUUAUUUUUCUUUCUUUUUUUUCAAAGAUUGCCCUUUUUGAUCUUUCAUCUCCAUAUACUUUUCAAGUACAGAUUGCUCAACAUAUCCAUGACCAAAUGUCUGGCUGAACUCAAUGUUUGGACUCAAAACGUCAAGUAGCAAGAAGUGAACACUGGUCCUCCUGCGAUGUGUUUUUCAAUACCUCCUGGCCACAAGACGAAGCCUUGAUAUUAUUGCAAGACCGAAUAGAACAAUGCACAUGUUUGGUUAAACGUAGCCUCAAAAGUACUGAUAGUUUUUUUUUUUGAUGAAAUAUACUAUUUAUCUAUAUAGAAGUACUUUAUACACUGCUUUAAGAGUCCCUUGUUUCAAAACUAAACAAUAUGUUAUUUACAGUAUAUCAUGCAGACUUAUCCAAGAAUCAUGUUUUUUUUUUUUUUAAUCAAUACAAAUGUUCUCGGAAGAGAAGAGAAGUGAGGUUCAACUUAGCACAUUAUUUACAAGUGACAAUUUCCAAGGUUUUGUGCAUAACGACUUUGUAAGAUUUGGGUGACGCAUUGAUUCUCUAGCUGUCCUCAGAUUAAGAUUUUGUUCAUUACAAUUUUUAUACUUAAAAUAGUCAGUGAUAUGUCUCGGCUGCCUUUUCCUCGAAGAUUUUGUCUUGCCAAAUGCAUUACCCUGAAACAAUUGGACUUGUUUUUUUACAAUAUAUAUUGACAGUGCAAUUUCAAAUGGGCCUUAUUAUUAUUAUUAUUAUCAUAAUUUGCGGGAAAAUCUAAUGGAUGGUGGAUCAAUAUUACUUAAACUGUUAAAAUGUGACCAAUGAAAAUAGCGUCUCAGAGUGAGUCAACUGUGCUGGCUCGAAAUGAGACCUGGGAGAUGCACAUAUCAAUUUCAUUCCAUCUCGAAAGGGAUGUGUGACAUCGUGUGUAGUACAACUUGGUAGUUUUGUGUCAGUGUGACCAUGAAAUGUUUCUUCAAUUUAAAGGUUGAUUGCAAAGUACUCGAAUGACACUUCCAGAUGAUUUCAGACACAUUUCCAAUCCUGGAUGACCAAUGUCGCUACAGGUGUUUCACCUUGAAUUUGUGCUUUAUAGAUACAUUAUGCAAUGCAAUUCACUAUAUGAGAAUGUUAUUAAUGUUUGGGUUUGUUUUUUUUUUAAUAUCCAUGUGAAUGGCAUCGAGUUUGGGAAAAGACUGAAUAUGAUACAUUCGAGAGGGGAAAUGUUGAAUAAACUAUUAUUUUCAUAUUGUCACAUGAUCUAUUGUGGUGGUGU